GGAACGUGAGUCGCCGGCAAUCAUAAGCGACGGUCCAUGCCGAACUCUACCGCCGAUCACGUCAACUCACCGUGGACACUGGCCAUCCGCGCUGCCGCAGACCAGGGCCGUCCGCGCCGCGCCAUCGCGCUCUACCUCUCGUCCUUCCGCUCCGGCGCCGCUCACCGCCCUUGCCCCUUCGCCCUCGCCGCCGUCCUCAAGUCCGUCUCCCGCCUCCCCGUCCAUACUGUGGCCACGGCCGCCGCUUCCUUCCACGCUCAUCUUCUUCGCCUAGGCCUCCUCGCGCACCCCUACCCACACGCCGCGCUUGCCCAUCUCUAUUCCCGCGACCCCGUCGCCGCGCGCAGCCUGCUCGACGAAACGCCUCCUGCGAGAGGACGGGCGCCGCAUUCCUUACUCGUUUCCCGGAACUCACUGCUCGCCUCACUUCUCCGCUCCGGAGACCUCCCUGCCGCGCGCGCUCUGUUCGACCAGAUGCCCGUGAGGGACGUUGUUUCAUGGAACUCCAUGGUCGCGGGCCUCGCCAAGGCUGGUCGCCUCGACAGGGCCAUCGAGCUCUUCGACCAGAUGCCUGAGCGGAACGCCGCAUCCUGGAAUGCCGUCAUUUGUGGGCUCAUCGCCCAUGGCCAUCUGACUCGAGCGAGGGAGAUGUUCGAGCAGAUGCCUGUCAGGAGCAACAUCUCCUGGAUCACAAUGAUCUCCGGGUAUGCCAAGGCUGGCGACGUUCAGGCUGCUGCUGGCCUGUUUGAACGGAUGGAGAACAAGAAUGAUCUUUAUGCGUGGAAUGCAAUGAUUGCAUGCUACGCACAGAAUGGCUGUGCAAGGGAGGCGAUUGGAGUUUUCAACCGGAUGCUCAAACCUCAUGUCUGUGUUCUGCCCAAUGAGAAAACUUUCUCAUCUGUCAUCUCCGCUUGCUCCCAGCUGGGGAACUUGAGGUUUGGGCUGUGGGUUCAGAGCUUCAUGAUGUCUCUGGGAAUUGAACUGGAUGAUCACUUGCGCACCGCUCUCGUGGAUUUGUACACCAAGAGUGGGCAGAUUGAUAGGGCUUUUGAUUUGUUCAAAGGCCUGAGCAAAAGAGAUGUGGUAUCUUACAGUGCGAUGAUUGUGGGCUGCGGGAUGAAUGGCAAGUUAAACGAAGCUAUAGGUUUAUUCAAUGAGAUGUCUGACGCAAAUAUUCUUCCUAAUGCAGUGAGCUUUGUGGGAUUGUUGUCUGCAUACAACCAUGCUGGACUAGUGGAAGAAGCUCGGGCUUGUUUCACUUCCAUGUCAAGCAAAUAUAAGAUUAGACCUUCAAUGGAACACUACACCAUCAUGGUAGAUCUCCUUGGGCGUAGUGGGAAAUUGGAUGAAGCGUUUCAGCUGAUCAUGCAGAUGCCGAUGCAACCACGUGCUAGCGUUUGGGGUGCUUUGCUUCUUUCUUGCAGGUUGCAUAACAAUGUUGAGCUUGGGGAGGUCAUUGCUUCCAAGUGCUUUGAACAGGCGCCUGGAGAGAGUGGAUAUUACAUACUGUUGGGGAACAUAUAUGCAUCUGCAAACAAAUGGGAUAAGGUUAGGAGGUUAAGGAAGACAAUGAAGGAAAGAUGCUUGAGUAAGAUGCCUGGGAGUAGUUGGGUGCUGGCUGAAUAGAUACAUUUUACUAAUCAUUUUGAUAAAUUUAGUCAGUCGAUAACUCAACCUACAACUCCUCAAAUUUCUAGGGUGAUUGUUGUCUCCAUUGCUCAGUUAUUUACCAUCUUUCCUGACUUAUCCGUGUAGGUUCAAGUAAUACUGGAUUCAAUUGAUUAUUCUUGCUCUGGAUUGGGCAGUUUGAUGUGUUUAUGUUGGUAUCUGAAAAAUUCCAAUAAUUACUAAGGAAGUUCAUUAUUGUCUUCUUUAA